AGGCAACUCUACGGCUGUUGAAAUCGGCACAAAAUGAUAUUGCCGGGUGUGUAGGAGUCACUGUUGAUAAUAGCUCUUUAUUCUCGUUUUUCCCUCUAAUACGGUAAACAGCAGUAAAGGCUGUAGAAAUCGGCGCAAGAUGAUUUGUUGGGUAUGUGGGGAUCGCGGCUAAUAUUGCCCUCUUUAUUCUCCUUUUUCCCUUUACUACGGUAAACAGAAGUAAAGCUUGUAGAUAUUAGAUAGUGCUGCAGUGAUAUGAUCAUAGUGAUGGCGAAGUGACUAUCUACUUUAAUAACGAAUUUUGAGAAAGACAAAUAGUCUUGAGACUUCUUUGAGGAAGAGAAAUGACCUUUUACCAAAGACUUCAGUUUAGUUCUCAAGUAAACAAUGUAAAACACUUCAUUUCUUUGUAGAAAUUGUUCCUUACCAAGCACAGUUACUUACCAGUUACAUUGAUGGAAGUCAAAGCGGUUCUGUUCCUGGUGUUCUGGCUGUUAAAAUCAACUCUGGGAGCUAACGAGACUUGCACUGAUCAGUGUAAGCUCCUGCUUGAUGGAAACGACCUUACUGCUGAAUUUCAAUCAAAGUCUUCUGAAGAUGGCGUUAGAAUGGUCUAUCUUCAUUUAAAUGUCGGCAAUGAAAGUUACAACCCACUACAGUCAAGCGACAGGUUCCUUCCCAACAGAUGGAUCUGGGCACGAGGCGUUGAAGAACCGAUGCUGUAUUUUUCGUACCAGUACCAGGUCUUAUCACUCGGUCUUUUAAAGAAUCAAGUCAGGAAUAUUAAAGUGACGUUGAGUGAUGAACCACGAGGCUGUGCUGCAAACCUGACCUCUUCUUGCAAAGACAUUAUGGUUGCUACAACACUCCUGGAGAACAUAACAGAUGCUUCAACUGAUCCCUCACUCUCGGAAGAUGUCGUGUGCUUUUCAGUUGUUAAAAGGGAUAUCAACUGGCUAGCCUCUUGGUUCGGAGGAAAUCUCCAAUACCAUUGCUGCAAGCAAGAACAAAGCGGAAAUAAAACUGUUGUGCAGUGUGAUCUUCCAGUGCAAUACAACAGAUGGUACAUGUUAUUUUAUCACGUGCUCACUUUUGGAAUUAUAGUUUUGUUUUUCUUUUGGCCGGCUGUUAUAUCUUGGCUUGAAAAACAAUCUGCGGACGAUACGGAAAAUCAUAAGAACGAAAUUCCAGUUGACGACUUAAGUCCGAUUAGUUGCAAUGCGCUUUUCAGAAAGCUUCUUAAACAUUUUCGUGUCCGUAAAGAGGAUCGGAAGCAAAACAUUGUCGAGCACAUGGUUAGGUCCUAUUAUUUUCGUAUUCUUUUCUACGCUUACAUCGUUCUCGUCUUAAAUUACGCCUUCUUUUUGGACUAUCUCAAAGAAGCAGACGCGAAAAAUGCUUUUCCAGAGAAUUCCUUGUUUUAUUAUGUUUUUGAUAUUAGAAGUAGUAAGCUUUAUUGUUUAAUACCUGUAAUCAUAUUUUUCAUUAUAUUGCCUGCUAUUUUCAUCUUUUUCACAGCGUACGCAUCAGAAGAAAUUGAACGGGAGAUUUCCACGAAAGUUUUUAAAAACCUGAACGUCUUCCGUGAACUGCAUCUCAAUUACUGUUAUAAAGGAUUCAUUCGCCUAACACAACCAAAUCGUGAGAAUCCUGAACCAGGCAAAUCUGUCACUACAAGGUCUUACCGCGCCAUAGAAUAUCUGAAAAAAAAGUCGCUAGAAAGCAGAAAAAUUUUAUUUCUAAUGUUAUUUUCUUUUUUGUCAACUGCUUUUGUUAUUUUUCGUAUUUUACUAACUGUGCUUGCCUUAAUUGUUUUGAUAGUUGUAGAAGUUCCCGUUUUACUGCUGAGUGUAAUAUUAUUACUUGCAACUGAUGUCAUUCGUUGGUCACCUUUUACCACUCUCAUACAGAUUAUUUACGCAUCUCUUAAGAGAAACCUGACAAAAUCAAGUUUUUGUUAUUGUUUGCCAUUGUUUUUAGCAUGGUUGAUUUAUUUUAGUCUCGCGGUGACCGUAUGCUGCAGUUUUUAUAUCAGAAUGUUUGGUUUUGUCGUAGUGGGGUUGAUUAUAAACGCGAAAAAAACAACUCCCUAUGUGGCUUUUGGUUUUGUCUUUGUUAGCAAUAUUUCUCUUUGCUACAAUACGUUUCAAAAGAGAUUCAAAGAAAUGAAAAAGAUAAUUUUCAAGUAUUGCAAAAAGAAAAUCAAUUCUCUACCAAAUGCAGAAAUUAUCCGUAAAACUAUUCCAGAAACGUUGUUCUGGUAUAUUUGCAAGGAUGUUUUACCCAUUGAACCAGAGAUAUUCGCUAUGCUUGCCAAUAUGCUAAUAAUUUCAAGUAUCUCAAUGCUGGCUUUAGCAAUCAUUGUUUUCUUUGGUGAGGUGUUCAACUCUUCGACACUGGUAGAGGCUGGCGCUGUACUGCUGAGCGGAAAACUUACAGGAAUACUAUUUAAUGGAUUGAUCAAAAGUGAGAAAUUUAAGGGUUGGGAUAAAAUAAAGAAGUCAGAAAAAAUCAAAGGAUCCAUUGAUAAAUACAUAAAACAGUGUGAAAACGAAGAAGAAAAACUGGAAAUCGAGGAUUGAGCAAGAGAAAGUAAGACAAAAUUAUGAUAACAUCGACUCAGGAAAGAAACAAUUUCGUUUUGUUAUUUUUUCGUUACUGUAUUUCUGGCUCGGUUCAAUGAUCAUUUCUAGUAUACAAAUCAGGCAAUCGAAAGGGUGAAGGCAACGCUUAGCAAAAGAAGGUGGAAUAAGGCAUAAGGUAGUUCUAUCAAUAAAAUGAGCCAAAGAAUUCUACUCUCGCCAAGACAAAAGGUUCAGAUGAGAACUGUUUGUCAGAGUGUUUUCCAUCUAUCAAAAAACCAAAGAAUUACGUUGUUAGGACUAGUAAUGCUACUAUUUAACAACAUUUGCAGUUGUGUACGCGCGCUUAUCGGUUUCUGUCAAAAAUUUCGAGCUUUUUAAUUCAAGAAACCGAAAUUUCCCUCCUUUUAGUCUUCCGAGUCAGCUAUUUGAUUAUCCAUUUGUUUCUAAAUGUCCUUUCAAAACUUCGGGGAAACGAGGAAACGUUGCAAUUUUUUGGACCAAACCAAGCCACUGCACACUAAUGGCCGAUAAUGUGCAAUGGCUCAGCCAAUCAGAGUACAGCAUUUGCAUUAGUAUACUAGUAGAAUUUUACUAAAUAAAAUUAGUGUAUUUUCUUGAUAGUGGGUCGAUUUAAACCUGAAUGUGAAUGUGCAUCGUUCAGGAUUCUUGUUUUUCAGGUAUAGAAUAUAGAAAAGAUAAAACAGUUGUCUCUAGUAUGAACUGGGUCAUCAUACUACUUUUAAAUCUUUACUUCAGUUUAGUAAAUGUGUGGACAUUUAAAGCCAAUGGUUUUUGAUAGGUUUAGUAGAAGUUACUGAGUAGAGGCAGACUAGGUUUUGCCAAAAAAUAAACUCAGCAUUUUUGUAUCUUUAUUAUUAAAUUGAGCAACUCAUAUUGAGUUUUAUUUUUCGACGUUUCAACGUUUGCCAGAAAUAUUGUACCAAGUUAUUUCAAGUCUCCACAUUAAUUUUUUGUGUAGGUUAAUUAAUGAGUUUACCUGUAUAUACUGGCGUGGUCUAAAGAACGAGUGCAAUGAUAAUAAACGUGUGUUUUUAUCUUGUGUAGUACUUGUUGUCAGUUUAAUAAAUCUGACUUGGAAAGGCCGUAACCCAUGUCAGUCAACUAAUAUAAAGCGCUUUUCACAGCAUUUAUCGCUUUUUCAGUUACUAUGAAUAAUAAAUGAUGUUUCGGUAUUCUGGGCUUGCAAUGGGUAUGAAGCAUUAUUCCCACAGUAUACUUUUUAUUUUCCUCGGCGCGAGUUAAGAGCAUUUACGAUAUUCUGUAAGAUGUGAGGCAAGCUGUUAUUAGAAACGGUUUAAGCUAAACUAUUGCACAUAUUUUUUGUUAUUCGGAAUAUUGAAUAGCGGUAGAACAUUGGGCUAUAUUCUGCAUCUCCAGAGAAGAAACCAUAAAGAAUCUAUACCGAGCAUCCGUACAAUCAAAUGUAUCGAGAUCAUGAAAUAGAAAAAGACAAAAAUGGGUGUUGACGACAAAACUCAGGAGAGUAUGGCCUGUUAAAGCAGAUAAAUGAUAGAGAAAAU